GUCUACUACAUCGCACUCUAACAUUUAAAGCCCAACUAAACUGGAAUGAACGGCACUGGGAUAUGUCCGAUUGUGCUAAGCGCGAGUGCCACGACGCUCGAUGGUUCGGCCCGGAACCAACUAAGAUAACGACCGCUACUGGCUGCCCCAUUGGCAGAUGGUCUAACAUGGGUUUCCAAUCGACACGGGGUUUAGCUACCGGUUGUAGGAUAGGGUCUAGGUGGUCCGCAGUACGCGAAGAAUGGUCAUCGAAUACGAAGUAUGACGCUGGGUACAAGAAACGUAAUGGACCCAAGGUAAUGCCUAAAUCCCGGGGCAAAUCAGAGAUUACCCUGGCGAAGUCCGACGUCGUGUCCAUGGUAGAAAGAUCUACAGGCAAAGCCGCUGGUACCUGGGGGAGGGAUUUGGGCAAAGGCUGCGGCACCCAACCCCUCAUUACUCGCGUCCGGCAUGAUCACGAUGCGUUGAUGGGGCAGUGGGUGAUACAGUCGGUUCCGUCGCAGGACUAA